AUGGCGUCACGGUCACAGAAUAAUUUGAAAAGCAGUGAGUCAGCUGAAGCCCCAGUUGAUACUGAUCGCAUUGACCAUAUGUUGACGGUUUCUUCGAGUAAUACUGAUAACAUAUUAGAUAGAAAAUAUACAGAACUGAAAGAUUUUGAUCCUUGUAAUACUUACCCAUCAGAUCGUGGACAUUUCAAAAACGAGUUAUCUAACAACUUAAUUGAAGUUCUAGCUAGGCAUGGCAGUUGCCAACCGAGUAAAAUGAUUAAAAUCGAGAGUGGACAGACAUUUAAUCCUGCACAUUAUUAUUAUAGGAAUUUGAAAUUAUUUUCUGUGAAAAGGGACUGGUUUAGCUGCUCAGAGAAACUAGGCACUGUAUAUUGUCACAAUUGCUGGUUGCUGGCACGGAAUACUUCAAAUAACAAAGAUAGUCCAUGGAUAGAUGGCUUUAUCCCAAACACAAAGCGCCUGAAGCAACAAAUUGAAAGGCAUGAAGAAAGCAUUGCUCAUAAAGAAGCUACGAAGAGUCUUGCUCAGUUAAAGGCAGGCAAAGGUAUCAACAUGCUAAAUGAAGCUGGGAUUGCAAAGAUCAAGAACUUCUGGCGUGAGGUUUUGCGUAGAAUAAUAGUGAUCAUAUUGACUUUGGCAAACCUGUGCCUGCCUUUUCGUGGCCACAGAGAGGUUAUCGGAAAUGGAAGAUGUGAAGGAGGCAAUUUUCUUGGUUUAGUUAACAUGCAGUUGAGAAUGGGUGACGGUGAUCCGUACUUUAAACAGCUUGUUGGGUCGAAAGCUCGUAAAUGUAGAUAUUUAUCACCCACUAUCCAAAAUGAAAUGAUUGAAAUUCUUGCAAAUGCCACACGACUAAAGUUCGUUGAAAAAAUCAAAGUUGCGCCGUGUUUCACCUUAAUUUUUGACACAACAAGCGACAUUUGCAGAGUGGACCAAAUCUCGAUUGUUGUAAGGUGGGUAGAUAUGGAAGCUGCAACAGUUGUUGAGACAUUUUUGGGAUUUAUUCCGGCCAAACAAGGAGGAACUGCUAAAGCGUUAACAGAUACUGUCCUUGACUAUUUACGACGUAUUGGUUGGGAUCCCAAACAAAUAAGAGGACAGGGUUAUGACGGAGCGAGUGUGAUGAGCGGGAGCAAGGGAAGUGUCAACGUACUGAUCUCAAAUUACCUUAAAAGUGAAGGAAUAACAUCACCCGCGCCGUUUGUGCACUGUGCUAGCCACAACCUAAACCUUGUUGUGAAUGAUGCUGUUGAAUGCAAUGCUGACAGCAUCAACUUUUUUGCUGAUCUUGAAGAGAUAUAUGCUUUCUUUAACAGAAGCAUCAAUCGAACGGCAGAUCUAAACAGCACUGAUCUCAGCGUGAUCGACGAAUUCACAAAUGAAGUUUCCUUUGACAGUGAUACGGACUCUGACGACACUGCCAUUAAUGUGGGUUCAACCACACAGGCCAAAAAAAAGAAACAGAGGAAAGUUAAAAUUAAGUUGACAUUAAAGAAACUGUGUGCUACCAGAUGGUCAUCAAGAAUUAACUCAGUAAGAGCAGUGAAGAAUCGAUAUCGUGAUUUACUUCAUGUGUUGGACAACUUGAAAAGGAAAGGAAAAGAUAAUGUCAAGGAACGAGAGGAAGCUGCCAGUUUGCAUCUCAAAUUAAAUAAAUUUGAAUUUGUUGUUAUGCUUAUUAUAUGGGAGAAGUUACUCGCAGCAAUUCAGAUCGCUUCAGCUAACUUACAGUCAAACAAAAUAGACUUGAGUAGGUCAGCCAAAGAACUUGAAAGAGCCAUGCGUAAAAUAAGUGGCAUGCGAGACAAAUGGGAUGCGAUCAAAAUGGAAGCUGUAAAGUUCGCGUUGAAAGUAGGCGUCUCUUGCACUUUUGCAUUUAAGCGGGUACGCCGAGUUCCUCGAUUCUAUGACGAAUUUGCCUCGGACAGUAGACCACAGGAUCCUGAAGAAAGAUUUACUGUAGAGAUGUUCUACCAAGUGAUUGACACCGCUACCAAUCAAUUAGAAGAACGCUUCAGGAGCCAGAAAUUUCUUGCUGAUACCUUCAAAUUUGUACUCCCUGGAAGCCUUGCAACUCUUGACAUUACAGAAGUUCGCAAGUCUGCCGAAUUGUUUGUUAAUGAAUACAAGGGAGACAUAUGCACAGAUGGGGUUGAAGUGGCAGAUUACAUAUCUGAUCUUGUGAAUGAAAUCAAGUCGUUUCGCUGGUGUUACGGGAUGUACUGA